UCAAUCUCCAAUUUACUAUUCUAAAUUCCUCAUCCAUAAUCCCUCAAUUCUUUCUCUCGAUCCGUAAAUUCUCAAAUAUCAAUCCGAUCCGAAAACUCGUUAGAAACGUGUUUCUAAGUAUUCUGAUGAUUUUGGCUAAUACAAGGGCGGUUAGAAAGUAACCGACCGAGUUCAGACUGGAUUCUGUGUCCAAACAUGAUCCAGGUGUUGGUUAACUAAACAAACCGAGUCAUCGCCAAAUGUCACCUCCUCGUCUCCUCCCCAUUUGCUCUGCCGCUCCUUCCUCCUCCCGCCUCCUCCCUAGUAAUCUACACAAUUCUGCUCCCACCUCUUCUCCCCAAUUCCGCCAUUACCCUCCAUCUUCCAUGUUCAGAACCUUCAUAUCCCCUUCUUGCCUCCGCACUUCACUCGCCGCACUCUGCUCUCCAGCACACCGACUCUGCCGCCGCCGCCGCUCCAUUCCUCCUCUUCCUCCUCCGCUUCCACUUGUGCGUCGAUUUCGUACCUUCGCGGCCUCUUCCAUGGCCGAGCGCCCGUCGGAAGGGAACACUUCCAAUCCUUCCACCCACACCAACCGUCUCGCGGCCGAGCACAGCCCUUACCUUCUUCAGCAUGCUCAUAAUCCGGUUGAUUGGUAUCCAUGGGGCGAGGAAGCUUUCGCUGAAGCAAGGAGAAGAGACGUUCCUAUCUUCCUUUCAAUCGGAUACAGCACAUGUCACUGGUGUCAUGUCAUGGAGGUCGAGUCUUUUGAGGACGAGGGAGUUGCCAAAUUGUUGAACGACUGGUUCGUUAGCAUCAAGGUGGAUCGGGAAGAGCGACCCGAUGUUGAUAAGGUAUAUAUGACAUUUGUACAGGCUUUAUAUGGUGGUGGAGGGUGGCCACUCAGCGUGUUCCUCUCCCCGGACUUGAAACCUUUGAUGGGUGGAACUUACUUCCCUCCUGAUGACAAGUACGGAAGACCAGGGUUUAAGACAAUACUUCGAAAGGUGAAGGAUGCUUGGGAUAAUAAGAGGGAGAUGCUGACUCAAAGUGGAAACUUUGCUAUCGAACAGCUCUCAGAAGCGUUAUCAGCAACUGCAAGUUCAAAUACACUUCAAGAUGGUGUUCCACAAAAUGCAUUGCGUCUGUGCGCGGAGCAGCUUUCUCAAAGCUAUGAUUCACGGUAUGGUGGUUUUGGUUCUGCACCAAAAUUUCCUCGACCCGUGGAGAUCCAACUGAUGCUCUAUUAUUCUAAGAAUCUGGAUAAUUCUGGGAAAAUAAGUAAAGCAAAGGAAACCCAGGCAAUGGUUAUGUUCAGCUUGCAAUGCAUGGCAAAAGGAGGAAUCCAUGAUCAUGUUGGAGGUGGCUUCCACAGAUACAGUGUGGACGAACGCUGGCAUGUUCCUCAUUUCGAGAAGAUGUUAUAUGAUCAGGGUCAACUUGCUAGUGUAUAUUUGGACGCCUUCACCAUCUCAAACGAUGUCUUCUAUGCAUGUUUGUGCCGCGACAUCCUCGAUUAUUUGAGGAGAGACAUGAUUGGAGGGGAAGGUGAAAUAUUAUCAGCAGAAGAUGCCGACAGUGCCGAGAAUGAAGGUGAUAAACUGAAGAAAGAAGGAGCUUUCUACAUAUGGGCUAGCAAAGAGGUCGACGAUAUCCUUGGAGAGCAUGCAAGUCUUUUCAAAGAUCAUUAUUACAUAAAGCCCCUCGGGAACUGUGAUCUUUCUAGAAAGAGUGAUCCACACAACGAAUUUAAGGGGAAGAAUGUACUGAUAGAGUUGAAUGAUAUACUUGCUUUGGCAUCAAAGUAUGACAUGCCUGUGGAGAAAUAUCUCGAGAUUCUAGGUGAAUGCAGGCGAAAGCUCUUUGAAGUGAGGUCAAGACGGCCUAGGCCACAUUUGGAUGAUAAGGUAAUUGUAUCAUGGAAUGGUCUUGCGAUCUCAGCGUUCGCUAGAGCAUCUAAAAUUCUGAAGCAUGAAAGUCCGAGCACAAGAUAUAAUUUCCCACUUACUGGCUGUGAUCCGAAGGAAUACUUGGAGGUAGCAGAAAAGGCGGCAUCUUUUAUCAGAAGGCACCUGUAUGAUGAACAGACUUGUAGACUCCAGCACAGCUACAGAAAUGGUCCAUCAAAAGCUCCUGGCUUUUUAGAUGAUUAUGCAUUUCUUAUUUCUGGGCUGUUGGAUCUGUAUCAGUACGGUGGUCGAACCAAUUGGCUUGUUUGGGCUACUGAACUGCAGAAUACCCAGGAUGAAUUGUUCUUGGACAGAAUAGGAGGGGGAUACUUUAAUACAACGGGGGAGGACCCUUCAGUUCUCCUGCGAGUGAAGGAAGACCACGAUGGGGCAGAGCCCUCAGGGAACUCGGUCUCUGCAAUUAAUCUCAUAAGAUUGGCAUCCAUGACUUCAGGGAAUAAAUCCAACCGUUACCGGCAAAACGCAGAGCAUUUAUUGGCAGUUUUCGAGGGCCGGUUAAAAGACAUGGCUAUGGCAGUACCCCUGAUGUGCUGUGCUGCAGAUAUGUGCUCUCUGCCUCAUGGGACCCAAGUUGUGCUUGUCGGCCGCAGGUCAUCGAAGGAAUUUGACGACAUGCUUGCUGCUGCUCAUGCCUCAUUCGAUCCCAACAGAAAUGUGAUGCAUAUUGAUCCUUCCGACCAUGAAGAGAUGAAGGUUUGGGAACAGAACUACAGCAGCAUCGCAGAAAUGGCGAAGAAGAAUUUUUCAGCUGAUAAGGUUGUUGGUCUCGUCUGUCAGAACUUCACUUGCAGUCCUCCAGUUACUGACCCUAGGUCUUUGGAAACCCUACUGUCCAAGAAACCUGCAUCAUGAGAUGGGAGUGUCUGCAUCUGAGGGCAUAUAUACGCGCCAUGUGGCUAGUAUUGUAUAUAGUUCCAGCCAUCAGCCACUGAUGCAUCAUGCAUGCGGUGGACGUCGGCUCGCCUCUGCUCUUUUUAUGUUUGUAGCUGUAGUUUGGUGGAUGUCGACUGACGGGAGUCUGUAUCAUACAAUAAGAUUGUAGUUUUCUUCCCUAUCGACAUUUCUGCAAAUGAGAAGGGAGGGAAGAAGUGUUGCGCGGUGUAAGCUCAUCUUAUGCCAUAUAUUUCUCAUGCGAAUGGGGCUCCUCAAAGCAACACUUCAAUAAUCGGUUGAAAGAUGUAAGGAACUUUUCUGUGGUACAAUCCUCCCAGACUCGGACCAACUAGCCAAAGGCGCGCCCUUACACAUGGCGGAAGGAUGAUGAUACAAAAUCAGAGUAGAAUACGGACACUUUUAGUAUUUUGGUUAUAGGGUUUUAGAUGCAAAAGCAGAGUUUGGUAUUGAUUAUACCGAGCAUUUUCGUGGUGAUGAAUACAGUUUGCACUUUCAUUGCAGUGGCGGCCAGGAUGGUAAAUGUCCAUCCUUGGUAAUUUUAUGGGCAGGGUUUGGUAAUUUUAUGGGCAGGGUAUGAGUGAAGUAUAAAUUUGAGUUGGGUUUGAGUAGAGUACGAAUAUUGCUUUUAUAUUUUAAAUGAGCAUGAGUUGGGUAUGAAUAUUCAUUUAGUAAUGGUUUGAAAGGAGAUUCGUGAGAUUGAGGGUGCUUUCAAACUCAAAUUCAUAUAUUAAAAAUCCAACCGAAAUGAAUGGGUAUGGUAUUGAACUCAUCAAAUUCUACUUACUUACGAUCUAUUUGGAACUCAUAUCUAACAAAUUGGGUUGAAUAGUAAAAUACCCAUGAGUUUGGGCAAAAUUGUCACCCCUAGUGACAGCAAUGGAAUGUUGGCCUCUACCACAACUAGAGGCGACAAUUAGAUUAGAUCCAUGGAUAAAGUGGACUGGAUCAAAUGGAUUGGCGGAAUAAUAGAUUGGAUCAUAUGAAAUUGUGGAUUGAUCCAAAUAAUAGAUUGGAUCAUAUGAAAUCUUGGACCAAUAUGUAAAUUUUGAAAAGUUUAGGUACUAAAAUGUUAUAAUAAAAAAUUUAUGUACCAAAACCUAAUUUUCCAGUGAUAUUUUCGUCUAAAAAAUGAAAUUAGGUACCAAAAUAAAAAGUAUAGAUACUA